AUGGCGAGUGUGAAUCAGAUGUCCUAUUGGAUGUCUACUGCUUCCGAUAUUGUCACAAGACAAUGGCACCUCUUCCUGCCUAUCGCGAUACUCUUCUCUUCAGUCAUCUUCCUUGGCUGGAGGUCAUCGCUGAUUGAAGGAAACGAAGACAAUUCUGACUCUAACAACACCGUUGCAGAGAUCAUGGACAAAGAAUACGUGACAGAAGUGCCUUUCCACGUCGGUGAGGUGCGCGUUUCGAGGAUUUUCGUACAUCCCAUUAAAAGCUGCCGCGGGACGUCAGUGUCGGAGGCUCGUUUUACACCUACAAGUCUCGAGAGCGGGUGCAAUGUUUCCAGCAACAUCGGCCUAAACAGCGUUCACCAGAAUGACCGAAAGUGGUGUAUUGUCGACGCCCAAACUAAUGCUAUCAUCACCGCGAGAGAGUUCCCCAAGAUGGUACUCAUCAUUCCACGGCUUGAUGUCGAUUCCUCUUCACCGCACGGUGGAAACCUCACUAUAUCUUUCCCGAAAGAAUCGGGAUGUUCGGAAUUCAAAGUGCCUAUUGCGCCGACACCUGAUAUGCUUCGCAAGUGGGAGGUACUAGAGGAUUGCAAGAUGCACAGGAUCUUUGUCAUGGAUGGAUAUAUCUCCCAGUCUAUCUCCUCAUCUCCGGACACACCCACCAAGACACUGUCCAAAUACUUCGGCAAGCCGGUGCAUCUACUGAUGAAAGGCCCGACUCCGCGUGAAUGUCCCCCGACUAGUGCAUUCCCCGACCUCAAGGCGACCGCCUUAUAUGCUGACGCGUAUCCUCUGCUCGUUGCAAGCGAAGAAAGUCUUUCCGAGUUCCAGAGAAUAGUACAAGGAUUUGCAAGUAAAGGGAAAGAGGCCGCUAUUGGUGGCUUAGAUCACGGACGAUGGAGCAAAGGCAAGGUCGAGAUGGAGCGAUUCCGUCCUAACAUCGUCUUGAAAGGUGCAGGAGUGCCUUUUGCUGAAGACUUCUGGCGUACCGUCGUCCUCCAUUCAUCCAAUUCAACCGCCAACUCGGAGCUUACGCUCCUUUCUAAGUGUACACGGUGUUUGCUUCCAAACGUCGAUGUUCAUACCGGUGUUCGGGACGCAGCAGUUCCCUUAAAGGUUUUGUUGAAGUUCCGCAUGGGCAAGGAUCGGGAGAAUAUGAAAGCGGCGUGCUUCGGAUGCAAUGGGAUGCUGGACAAGACCGGAGUCGUGAAAGUUGGUGACCUCGUGACGAUCAAAGAAUGGACAGAUCUGGAGGGUGUAUGA